AUGUCGCACUACUCUAGGUCACCCUCUUCAUCAUCUUCCUCAUCCUCAUCAUCGGCCACCAGCAAAAAGUUGAGCUACUCGGAGCUUCUCGCUCAGGCGCACGCCAAUCUCGCCUCGGUGCCAGAAGAACUAUGCCCAGCCGCCACAAUGUCCACUCCGCUGUCGGAGUCACGGAUAUACACACUAAACCAGAAUAUUGUCGACGCAGUGGAUGCAGCGCGCGCCAACCCAGCGCAUCCAAAAUGGGUCCGCGUCUCGCGGCUACUGAAGCUGCAAUGCACGGCCAGGGGAUACGUUGGUGUCGCGGACGGGGUGCGGAUGGGCGACACGCGCAAAGUCGAGGCGGGGGACUAUCAGUGGGUGCUGCCGGAUACGGAGGAGGAGUGGGUGGAGUGCGAGAUCAGGUGGGCAAAUAGGUUCAAAGCACGUUCUAGCCCGAAAGGAAAGGCGUCCAAAUACUGGCAGCAGGACUCGGGUGGUGCAGUGGCCAAGCGCGCGAGAGAGGAUGUGCCAGCAAUUACCGAGGUACACAGCGUCCACCAGAAGGUGGCCAGUUGGCGUGCUGAAGUCGUCCGUGAGAGCGCAAACGCGCCGCAUACCCCAACAUCAACAUCGGUCAAGACGAAGAGAAAGGAGAAGAACAUAACGAGUGCCAAGACCCAGCAACAGUUGGGCUUCCCGACGAUGAAGCGAUCCUCUAUAUUGCAUGAUAAAUCAGAUCAUCUCCCGAGUACUUCGUCCAACCCACAGAUUACCGCGGUCACCUCGAAUGAGCUUACGGCUGCCGCCAACAAUCCAGUUGCUGUUGACGUCCAAAUUCCUGGGGUGGUGCGGGCAGCUCAGCCGCCUCCUGUCCAAGAUCAAAAUGCCGUCCAAACUCAGGCUCCCGCCAAAUCUCAAACUCCCGUCGACGCUCAGGUUCUCCCAGCUCAGAUUCCCGUUGAGUCUCAGGUUCCUGUUGAAGUCCAUGUCCCUGUCGAAUUUCAGAAUUCUGCUGGCAUUCAGACUUCCGCUAGUACUCGGACUCCUGCAGUCCCCCAAACGUACGUCGAGGUUCAGGCCUCCGAUCUCCAGACUUCCUCUGGUCUUCCACAUGCUCAAGCAGAGGCUGAAGAGGCUGCCAUCCACGCCGUGGAUGACGAGGCCGCUAUCCCAGCUGACGCCAUGUCCCUGACCUCAGACGGCCCCGCACGGAUCGGCGAGCUCUCAGAGAUGUCGUUCCUCCCUCCCUCUUUCCCAUCGCAACUACGUACAUCGACGCCUCAGCAACUCGAGAAGGUGAAAGCUCCUUCGAAACAACGGAAACCCGCUCCGAUACCGCACGAACCGCAUAUCUCUCUUUCAUCAUCCCCACAAUCUCAGCCAGGACGUAUAGCUGCGCGGGGGCUGCCCCCUGAUACCUCCUCUAGUCAGCCCGCGUAUUCGCCUUCCAGACGGGCGGUGAAGCGACCUAGGCACAGUACGCCCACCUCGAAGGUCGGUGGGGUGCCGACUACGCUUGGUUUGUCUUAUGUUACUCCGCCACCAAAGAGAGUACGCGGGGAACCAGUGCCGCCUUCGAGCGAAGCGCCUCCACCUUCGACACCGCCUACAGCGACCUCUGAAUUGAACCCAAUCACGCCAUCUCGACCUGUGCCAUCUAGCAAAGGACUCGGCAACGCGAAGGGCCUGCCUGUCCCGACAACACCUAACCGGCAGGGUUUACCGACAUUGACGGAACUAUUAGCCUCCUCACGGCGCUCGAAACCGCGUCCCCGACCACCCUCGAGAAAAAUUCGAUCUGAGACUAAACCCCAACUUCAUAAUACAAAACCCAUGGGUGUUGGCGUGGAAGACGACGUUCUUCCCUUAUACGAAGAAGACGAGAUUGAAGACCCAGAACCGUCGCCCGCAAAGACGUACCUCUCCUCGCCCGCGUCCGGGUCCUCCGACUCUCCCGGAUCGACACGUCACCGCCCACGCUCGCCGAUCUCGCCGCUCUUCACGCAGCAGCCGGACGUGUUCGCGCCUGCGCUGGCGUCCACUCAGCGGCUCGACGUGCGCGCGGGCCUCGUGGGCGCCGGCGCCGGUACGCACGGCAGCGGGCGCCCUCUGCUCGCGGGGGGCAGCAGUGGGUUCUUCGGGGGUUACAACUCGCAGUUCGACGUCGAGGGCCAAAUCGGGCGCGUGAGCGAGCUGCUGGAGCGUGACGUCGAUUUUGAGGGUUGGCUCCGGGAUGUACCUGAUGUGGAAGAGGAGGAAAAAGCCUGCCCUGCGCAGGGGAUGAGCCAGAGCCAAAGCCAGAGCCAGAGCCAGGGUCAGGGCGAACUGAUGGUGUGA